UACAUAAACUGAUUCGCUGUGUUGGUGCAUUAAAUUCUUGUGCGGGCAACACCGUUGUAUACUUCUUUUUAUUUCGGUUCUUUGCCGUGUCGUUCGGUGAAGAGCGCCAGAAUGAAGUACAAUAAGCUCGUGACUUCCUCGAGGAGGAAAAACAGGAAGAGGCAUUUCAGCGCCCCUUCACACAUCAGACGAGUGCUCAUGUCCGCUCCGCUAUCCAAAGAGCUGAGACAGAAGUUCAACGUUAAGUCUAUGCCAAUCCGUAAAGACGACGAAGUUCAGGUUGUCAGAGGACACUACAAAGGCCAGCAAGUAGGCAAAGUAGUCCAAGUAUACCGUAAGAAGUUCGUCGUCUACAUUGAAAGGAUCCAGCGUGAGAAGGCUAACGGUGCCACCGCAUACGUUGGUAUCCACCCCUCAAAGUGUGUGAUUGUCAAACUAAAGAUGAACAAGGACAGAAAAGCCAUCCUUGACCGCAGAGCGAAGGGCAGGCUGGCCGCCCUUGGCAAGGAUAAGGGCAAAUACACUGAGGAAACCGCCACAGCUAUGGAAACCUCGUGAACACAUAGAUUAUAAGAAAUAAAAAACGUAAAAAGGCA